AUGUCUGGCAGCAGCGACCGGAACGUGAUCAUCUGGCGCUUUUCCACCGGUGAAAAACUGCACGAAUUAACUCAUGCGCAUCUUGAUUCCGUGUUAAGUUUGAGGUUUGACAAGCGAUAUUUGGUGACAUGCUCGAAAGAUAAACUCAUCAAAAUCUGGAACCGCCGGGAACUUCGCGCUUCGGAUGAAGACUAUCCCACCUAUUUCAAUGGAGUUGGCGUCCGAUAUCCAUCCUAUAUUGUGGACACAUCGAGCAUGCCUCCAUCGGCUCUAGAGGCCCAAAUUGCCAAUGAACAAAUUAAGACUUUACUGCCAUAUAGCCUACUAAUGACGCUUGAUGGACAUGCAGCCGCCGUAAAUUCAAUACAGAUCAAUGACAACGAGAUUGUCUCGGCGUCUGGAGAUCGCCUUAUCAAGGUAUGGGAUAUCCGCAGCGGCACUUGCCUCAAAACCUUGGUUGGACACCAAAAGGGAAUCGCCUGUGUUCAGUUUGAUAGCCAGCGGAUAAUAAGCGGCAGCAAUGAUUUCACCGUGCGCAUUUAUGAUCGCAUAUCCGGCGCAGAAGUGUCCUGCCUACCGGCCCAUGAUGAUCUAGUGCGAACACUUCAAGCCGGAUUCGGUGACCCUCCAGGCUCCGAAGAAACAUUGAGACUCGAAGCCAUGGCAGUUGACCAUGAGUAUUAUGAAGCCCGGCGUCGCGGCGACGUUCAUCACGAACCGACUCGCCAACGAUUCAACCGGAUGCGAAGCACAGGCUCGAGGCGCCCUCAGGAUAUCAAAGCUCUGGGGGCGAAGAUUCCACCCGGUGGUGGUGGAAGCAGAUGGGCCCGGAUCGUCUCUGGCUCCUAUGACGAAUCAAUAAUUAUAUGGAGGAGAGACAAGAAAGGAGAAUGGGUCGUUGGCCAACGAUUGCGCCAAACAGAUGCCGCUCGGGCAGCGUCGGUGAUUGACGAAUCUUUGGCCACCGAGUUUCUCACCAAUGCCAUCGGGCCAAGCAUUCAGUCAGGCCAGAGAACGCCUCAACUCGCAUCCGAAGACAACAGUCCAUUCAAUAUGCCUCCACAGGCGGUCAAUGCAGUUGCCGCCACAGCAGGCACCCCCGCGGCUCAAGCUAGUCUCCCUGCAUCAAUGCCGCUUCCCUCUCCAAACGCAUUUGCAUCCCUGCAAUCCCAGCGACAACAACAGCAGCCGCAAUCCCAAAAUCAACAGCCUCCCCAGACCUCGUCCCACAUUCAACUUGCUCCCAUCCUUGCUUCUUCUCAGAAUCAGACCCUACCAUCAACCGCUACCCAUCCACAACCAACCCUCCUUCAGCCACAGCCUCAACAACCCAAUUUCCAACCCCAGCCCCAACCGCCUGCUCUCCAUCCACCCAUCGGUCCGCUUCCCGCUGCAGAAACCAUCGUACGGCCGCAUCACGCCGCGGCCAACACCAGAAUCUUCAAGCUGCAAUUCGACGCCCGAAAGUUGAUUUGUGCAAGCCAGGAUCAUAUCAUUGUUGGAUGGGAUUUUGCAAAUGGUGAUAAAUAUCUAGAGGAAGCUUCGAGGUUCUUUGUAGGGCUAUGA